UGAGCGUGAACCACAAAGGUUUGUUUUUCUCCUCUCUCUGUCUGAGCCUUCAGAUGUUCCUAAAGGUGCGGACUGCUUUUUUUCUGUGAAAACCGUAUUUCUGUGGAAAUUGCUGGUGGGAAAUAAGAUGAGUGGCUCCCUGGAGAGGACGACAGACUGUCCGGUGUUGCCACUUGCAGAUGGGCCAACUCUGACUGACGACAAAGAGAAGCCUGGAGGUGGAACUGAGCUAUGUUGGCAAGAUGGAGGCCUGGCUGUGGAGCUGCAGAGAGGGAUGGAAACAUUGCGGGUGAACAGAGAACUGACCGAUGUGACCCUCUGUGUUGAAGGGAAAGACUUCCCCUGCCACAGGGCUAUUCUGGCUGCUGCCAGUCAGUACUUCAGGGCCAUGUUUUGCAGUGGACUCAAGGAGACUCACGAGAAGCGUGUGGAAAUAAAAGGCUUAGACAGCGGGACCAUGCGCUCUCUCUUGGAGUAUACCUACACCAGCAAAGCCCUACUCACACACUCAAAUGUUCAGGGAAUACUGGAGGCAGCCAGCCAGUUUCAGUUUCUCCGUGUGGUAGACGCUUGUGCAAGCUUUUUGAGCAACUCUAUUCACCUCGAAACCUGCGUAGGGAUCCUAAAUCUGGCCGACCGCCACGCUCUGCCCAUGCUGAAGUCCAGGGCCCAGGACUUUAUCACCUCCCAAUUCUCUCAGGUGGUCCAGCAGCAGGACUUCCUAGAGCUGCCGAGCGAGUCUCUGGAGGCCAUCUUGCAGAGGGAUGACCUUGAUGCAAAGUGUGAGGAGUGUGUCUUUGUAGCUCUGAUGCACUGGGUAAGAGCCAAGCAAGAUGAACGCUAUCCAUUUCUGGCAAGCUUGCUUUCGCAUGUGCGGUUGCCACUGUUGGAACCGUCAUACUUUGUGGAAAAAGUUGAGUCCGAUGAGUUGAUACGCCGCUGCACCGAGGCUUUCUAUUUGCUACAAGAGGCCCGCAUGUAUCACCUUUCCGGUAGAGAGGUGGUCUCAGAGCGAACCAAACCACGAGUGCAGCACUUUUUGUCAGAAGUUUUUUUGAUCAUCGGAGGAUGCACUAAAGAUGAGCGCUUUAUUUCCACUGUAACCUGCUUGGACCCUCUGAGACGCAGCCGUCUGGAGGUGGCCCGGCUGCCAAUGACAGAGAUGGAAGAUGAGUCCCAGAACAGGAAAUGGGUUGAGUUCUCUUGCAUAACUUUCCACAAUGAAGUUUACAUAUCAGGUGGUAAAGAAACCCAACAUGAUGUUUGGAAAUAUAACGGGGCCCUGGACAAGUGGAUCCAAAUUGAGUCGCUGUCUAGUGGACGCUGGAGACACAAAAUGGCUGUUCAUGGUGGGAAAGUCUACGCACUGGGUGGAUUUGAUGGGGUUCAAAGACUUGCCAGUGUGGAAUCCUAUGAUCCUUUUCACAACCGCUGGACACAGGUGACACCUCUCGCAGUGGGUGUCAGCUCUUUCGCCGCAGCAAGUUUUGACAGAUGGAUCUAUGUGAUUGGUGGCGGGCCUAAUGGAAAACUAGCCACGGAUAAAGUUCAGUGCUGGGAACCAGGAGCAGACAGCUGGGAACUGCGAGCGCCCAUCCCCAUCGAAACCAAAUGCACCAAUGCUGUGACAUUUAAGAACUGCAUUUACGUUGUGGGUGGAGCCAUGCAUGCCAUGUACUGCUACUCUCCUCUGUCUGACUCCUGGUCUCUUGUGACCCGUCUGGGGGAGAGGGCAAGCUGUGCCAUCGCGGCAUGCAACAACAAACUUUUUAUCACUGGGGGAAGGGACAACAAGAACCAAGUAAUCUCCACAGUGAUGUGCUGGGACGUUGAUCGAGGGGUGUUGACAGAGGAGUGUGUCUUACCGCUGGGGGUGUCCCACCAUGGCAGUGUGACACUCAUGAAAUCUUACACACACAUUCACAGAGUCCCGCCUCCGUCAGAGUGCCAGUGAAAAAGACUUUGGUGAAUUGGACUUUAUUUUUGAUACAGCAAAGAAAAGAAUGAAAUGAAGCAGGAAAAGUACAUUGUUUUUAUUCACUUGCCACUUUGAAACAUUGCUGUGUUUAUACUAAUGUAAGCAGUCAAACUUUAAAAAAAAAAAAAAUGUUCUUUGAUUUUUUUGUUAUCUUUAUCUUUUAUGUUUUCUGAUGGAUAACCAAUGUCUAAAUGUUACUUUAGCAUUAAAAAUGCAUCUUAACACAUUAGGUAAUUGAAAAGAAAUUUAUCUUAGCAUUUUAAUUAAAGAGCAAUUUUCCCUUUCUUUUAAAAAAGAGGUCCUGAGUAAUGAAUCACACUUGAACUUUUGAAGAAAACUUGAGUUUUGAAUCAAUAGGCUACUAUAAAAACAUUUACCGUAUGUGGUUUAUUGUAAAACUGGGGACUAACUGUUUUAUUUGUUUUGUUUUUAGAUUGGAGGACAAAGAAAAACAUCAAAAUUUUAUAAGAAAUUAAGAUAUACGCUUUCUUAUGGUAAUAUUAAUUUGAAAAUAUGAAGUCAUUUUGUUUUGUAAAAUACUAUUAUUGAUGUAGAAGAGAAUACCCAACUAAAACAAAAAAGUUAAAUACUAAAGCAUUGAUUUCCAGCCUUACAAUGAUGAUAAAAUGUGUUCAUUGUACCACAAAUGCCUAUCUGAUGCUGGAAUUUCAUGCAGAUAUUGUAA